AAAAAAAAACCUGCAACCACCUCCCGCUCCAGACUACAGGCCUGUGAACGUGCAUUAUGGGGAUUGUAGUUUAUGGUUCAGCUGAAUCGGAAGUAAAAUUCUGAGGUGGUUGGUGACCAAAGAUGGCGCCGACAGGACGGCAUUGUGACGCGACCGCACGUCCGCCGGAAGUGCCCGGAGGAGAGCCUGGAAGCCGGCUCACCCUUGCGCCUGUGGUAUCUUGAGCUUCGCAAUUUGAGCACGAGUUACCACUCUUCUAGCAGGAUCAUGGUGUUCUACUUCACCAGCAGCAGUGAUGAAGAUCUGAUAAAGUAUGGCUGGCCUGAAGACAUUUGGUUUCACGUGGACAAACUCUCUUCGGCUCAUGUAUACCUUCGAUUGCAAAAGGGAGAGAAGAUAGAAGACAUUCCAAAGGAGGUUCUGAUGGACUGUGCCCACCUUGUGAAGGCCAAUAGCAUUCAAGGUUGCAAGAUGAACAACGUUAAUGUGGUAUACACACCAUGGUCUAACCUGAAGAAAACAGCUGACAUGGAUGUGGGGCAGAUAGGCUUUCACAGGCAGAAGGAUGUCAAAAUUGUGACAGUGGAGAAGAAAGUGAAUGAAAUCUUGAACCGAUUAGAAAAAACCAAAUCGGAGAAGUUUCCCGACCUAGCAGCAGAGAAAGAAGGUCGAGACCGUGAAGAGAGGAAUGAGAAAAAAGCCCAGAUUCAGGAAAUGAAAAGGAGAGAGAAAGAAGAGAUGAAGAAGAAAAGGGAAAUGGAUGAACUUCGGAGCUACUCGUCGCUAAUGAAAGUUGAGAAUAUGUCCUCAAAUCAAGAUGGUAACGAUUCGGAUGAGUUCAUGUGAGCUGAGCAAAGGACCCUGGGAAGACAUGAAUGUGCAGACCAUUACAGAUCUUUUGAUUUCAUCUAUGUUCUGAAUUACAGAAACCAACCAACCAAAAUCCUACCUUCAUUCUACAUAGACAUCACUCAUUUUGGAGCUUUUUGUUUUUUUUAAGUCAUUCUUUUUGCUGAUGAAAAGAACAGAUGUGUAAUAUAGUUGAACUUGAAGACAACUUACAACUCUAGGAAAAGAAAAAUCGUUUUGGCAGAACAUAUGUCAGUACCUCA